UCCCGAAGCAGGCUUCACCAAUCCGGGCUCUGGCUCCAUCCCCUGCUCGGCGUCCCACAGGCCGGCGCUAAUAAGUCUCUUUAGCUGUCCGGUAAUGGGGAAGUGAGCCGGAGACGCCGCCUGCUGCGUGAAGAGCCGAGAGGAAGUUGCGGGGAAGGACCGGACCGCACCGCACGGAGACAGACGCAUCAUCCCACAGUUGCUGUUGUUGAGCAGCCCGGAAAACGCGCAGAGUGAUGGAGAGAAAGCGUCCCGGCAUGCCGUCUGGAGCGAGAAUGCCCCACCAGGGAGCUCCCAUGGGCCCCCCCGGGCCGCCGUACGGGGGCAGCCCGGCGGUGCGGCCCGGCCUGCCCUCCCCGGUGAUGGAGCCCAGCCGGAAGAGGCCGGCCCCCUCCCAGCAGGUCCAGCAGCAGCAGCAGCAACAGCAGCAGCAGCAGGCCGUCCAGAACCGAUCCAGGAAGAAGCCAGUUGGAUUCCCUGGAGCCAAUGAGAUGCCGGCGAGGCAGAUGGACAUGAGAGAGCCCCAAUCAGAUCCCACGCUCGGAUCAAAUGCUAAGAGAAGGAAAAUGGCAGACAAGAUUCUUCCGCAAAGGAUCCGUGAGCUGGUCCCGGAGUCUCAGGCCUACAUGGAUCUGCUGGCCUUCGAGCGCAAACUGGACCAGACCAUCAUGCGGAAACGCGUGGACAUCCAGGAAGCCCUGAAGAGACCAAUGAAGCAGCAAAAGCGUAAACUGAGGCUCUACAUCUCCAACACCUUCAACCCGGCCAGACCCGACGCUGACGACUCAGACGGCAGCAUUGCAUCAUGGGAGCUGCGGGUGGAGGGCAAAUUGCUGGAUGAUCCCGGAAAGCAGAAGAAGAAGUUUUCAUCGUUUUUUAAGAGCCUGGUGAUCGAGCUGGACAAAGACCUGUACGGUCCCGACAACCACCUGGUUGAGUGGCACCGCACACCCACCACCCAGGAAACUGACGGCUUCCAGGUGAAGCGGCCGGGAGACGUGAGCGUGCGCUGCACGCUGCUGCUGAUGCUGGACUACCAGCCUCCCCAGUUCAAGCUGGACCCCCGCCUGGCUCGCCUGCUUGGCAUUCACACCCAGACCCGCUCCUGCAUCAUCCAGGCCCUCUGGCAGUACGUGAAGACCAACAAGCUGCAGGACUCCCACGACAAGGAGUACAUCAACUGUGACAAGUACUUCCAACAGAUUUUUGACUGCCCCCGACUGAAGUUCUCCGAGAUCCCUCAGCGCCUCACCAACCUCCUGCUGCCUCCGGACCCCAUCGUCAUCAACCACGUUAUCAGCGUGGAUCCCAACGACCAGAAGAAGACGGCGUGCUACGACAUUGACGUAGAGGUGGAAGACCCCCUGAAGAGCCAGAUGAGCAGCUUCCUCCUCUCCACUGCCAACCAGCAAGAAAUCGCCUCGCUGGACAAUAAGAUACACGAGACCAUCGAGUCCAUCAACCAGCUGAAGAUCCAGAGGGACUUCAUGCUCAGCUUCUCCAGGGAUCCAAAGGGCUACAUCCAGGACUGGCUCAAAUCCCAGAGCCGAGACCUCAAGUUGAUGACAGAUGUGGUAGGAAACCCUGAAGAGGAGAGGAGGGCGGCGUUUUACCACGAGCCCUGGUCCCAGGAAGCUGUCAGCCGCUAUUUCUACUGCAAGAUCCAGCAGAGGAGGCAGGAGCUGGAACAGGCUCUCGCCGUCCGCAACACCUAAGCAGAGGAGGCCUUCUGGAUUUCAAAGCUUGUCUCGUGUGUGUGUGUGUGUGUGCGUGUGCGUGUGCGUGUGCGUGUGCGUGUGUGUGUGU